AUCAUUGAGCUGCCAAGACGAAUUAUGUAAUCGUGUGCGGUAAUAUUGCCUGUCACCUGACUAAAUCUAUCACCUUUCCUUCAGUGUUGUGAAUUUGGUCUUUAUGAUGCCUAAUUGGCAUCAUAAAGACCAACUUUUAACAAUUAACUCUCCUACCUAAGUUUUACUCAUUCAUCCGCAUGCUGUACUCUCCCAAUGCGACACUAACCCUCGGGUUAGAGUGACCAAACACAAAAUGGAUAUUUUUUUUCUCGUACAAUUACAUUGGAGACAUUUCGAAAUAUGGAGCAAGAAAUAACAGAUGCUGUGUUCCCGUUAAUGAAGACGCUCGUUUCGAAAGAUGUAGAAUACCACAAAACAGAAAUUUUUAUCGAGAAGCUAAGUUUUGCAUUGCAGAAGAAAUUUAAAGGUCAUUGGUACCCCGAAAACCCCACCAAGGGAGAAGCAUACAGAUGCAUCCGAGUGAACCGGUACAACAGUCGCGAUCCAGAACUCCUUAAAGCCUGUCAUGAAAGUGGAUUGCAGUUCUGUGACCUGCGACUUCCACUUGAUUUCACGCUUUGGAUAAACCCUGGUGAAGCUUUUUGCAGGAUCGGUGAGGAUAAUCCUCCAUUCUCUGUAGCUACCGUGGCUGCCAUGUACAAGGAAUACAUAGACAAGAAGCAGGCAAACACUUCGGACAGUGAGAUGUCAGAGAGCAACUCGAGUUCUUCCUCUGAUGGGGAGGACACACACCUUUGUUUUUCCAUAGGCAGCUGCACGCAGUUGAAUCCAUUGGCUCCUGCUUGGUAUCCUUCUGGCUUUCCCAAUCGUGCCCGCUUGGUUUACAGAGGUACCAAGGACAGGUACCUUCAUUUGAACAUUUUAAAGCAUUGUCAGUACGCUGCUACAGUGAGAAAAAUAAAAAUGAAAUAA